AUGUAUAAAUUACAGAUUGAACUUGUACCUCCUAGUGUUCAAAAUACUAAUGGUCAAAGUUUAUCUAGAGUACCACUCUUUUCAAGCAUACCUCAAUCGAGAUUGGGUUCCUUACAAUCUACUAAUGGGUUGAUUGCUAAUGAUAAUGAUCAAUCUCUUAUGAGUAUUCAACUUCCAACGAGCCAAAUUAAUUUGCCAAAUUACUUUUCAUCAAGUUAUAACAAUAAUGCAAAGAAGUUUUUACAUUUUACAAAAUCAAUUAAUAAUUUAUACGAAUUAUCUGAAGAAAUUUUGAAUAAAUGUGAAAAAAUGUAUCCAAAUCUAGUAAAUGAUAUAGAAAUAAUAAGUUUACAAGAUUCGAAUUCUUGUGAUUUAGAUCCCGAUUUUAUUGUAAAAGAUGUAUUUAAUUUAGAUAAUACAGUACGAGUUAUAUUAAAAAAUGAAUUAGGUUCAGAUGAAGUAGAUGACAAUAUAUCACCUUAUGGCUCUUUGAAAAGAAAGAAGCUUAAUAAUGGAACUGCACAAUCAAAUGGUUCACAACAAUUGAAUGUAAUAAAAAAACGCCCUUCCGCGCAACUGAUGAAAAACACAACAAACAACACAUUAAGAAUUUCAACUCCAUUGGCUCAUCAAAUUUAUCCUCAACCAUUAUCAAAUUUUAAUCAAGAUAAGGAUAAUGAUGAAGAUAAUGAAGAUGCCGGGAAUAGAUCAUUCCUGCCGCCACCAGCUCAACCACAAUCUCCCGCUAUACGUAUAAGUUCAGUGUUUGAUUCAAAAAGAAUCAUUACAUCAGCAGAAAAUUCAGAUACUGUGUCAAAAUCGGAAACUGUAGACCCAAAUAAAUCAAAACAACAACGUUUCCUUUCAGGUACUCCAAUAAUCCCAACAAUGACACCUAACAGAGUUAUAUUAUCAGGACAAAGGGUAAUUUCAGAACAAUCCAACAAUUUAAAUAAUAGAUUAUUCGCAUCAGAGGACAAUUCAAGAAAAAUCGUACAAACACCAAGAAUAACGUCGGGAAUGCUAACUAUUCCAGAACCAAAGAUUUCUGAGGUUGAAAAAAUAUUAAAAGAGGGUCCAGCAAGUCCUUCAUCACUUCUACCUGCUAAACCAAAUAGAAUACCAAUGAAAAGCCGUCCAUCAAUCGAUGAAAAUUUAGCUGUAUCUGACGAAUCCAGUUCCAACGAAAACGAAGUUAUUGCAAAACUUGAACAUUAUUCUAAUCAAGAUAAGAAAGAUAUUUUCAAGCAACCAAUAUCAUCAAGUUCCCCAAAAGAUUCACAAAGAAUUUCAUCCUUAGAAGAGAGAAUUAAGCAAAAGACAGCAUUUAAUGUAAUUGGAGGUACUGACUCCAGAAGGAUCAAUACAUUUUCGGACAAUGAAAUUGAAGAAGAUGGCGGGGAAUUGGAGAAAGAAAUAAACUUUGCAGGAAAUAUUGGAAUCUCAAAAAUGAAGCCAACAUAUCCAGAUAAUGGGUAUGAACAAAAUCAAAAUAGUGCUAAUGUCGGAAAUGAAAAUAUUUCUGGAGAGGAUGAUGAAGAAGACGUGGGGAACGAUACAGUACGUAUCAGCCGUCCAAACUCACGCAUGAGAUCCUCCAUUGAAGGUCUUUCUGCAAGUAAAUCGGAGGUAUUUGCAUAUAAGAACAUACUGGAUGAUCAUCUUCUGGGUGACAGUAGACAAACUUCUCUGGAACCAACUAGUGCAGUGGAAGAAAAUGAUAUGGAUAAAAACAAUGCUAUCCCUGUGCCUAGUACUCCUCUAAAUAAAACUGACAGCUCGUCAAUUCAAUUUAGUCAAACACAAAGCGGUAGUAAAUCGGCUAAACAGGAAGAAGCAAAAAGAAUACGUGCUGAAAAAUUAGCCCAGAGAGAAGCUGCAAAGGUAGCAAGGCUUGAAGAGGCUAAUAGGAAGAAGGCUGAACGUGAAGCAGCAAGAAAAGCUAAACAAGAAGAAUUGUUAAGAAAGAAGGCCGAACGUGAAGCAGAAAAGAAGGCUAAGCUAGAGGCAAGAGGAGCUGCAAAAAUAGCAAGACAAGAGGAAUUGGCAAAGAAAAGGUCCCAAAAAUCCAAGGAAAAUACUCCAGAAACCGAAUCUUCUGAAGCUCAAAAGCAGGAAUCUACUAAAAAUAAUUCAGAAGAAGAAUCAGAUAAUACAAAGGAAAGAACAAGUGAAAUGAGCUCUGAAUCUUCUAAGAACAAAUUAGAAACCGAGAAAGAUAAUGAGAAAGCCAACCCAAUUCAGACAGUUGUUCCACCGAAACCAAGAGUUCCUGUUGGGCUGAUGACUCAAAUUAUGGACAAGAAAUCCGAAAGCUCCUCCGAUAGUUCAUCAAGCGAAGAAUCAUCAGAUGAAGAGGACGAGGAGGCCUCUUCAGAUGAGGAGACUUCAAAUAACAGUAAAAAAUCAAGGAGAAUUGUAGUAGACACGCCAAAGGGCCCAAUAAGCACCAGAGCCACUUUAUCAAAUAAUGUAGCUAUCGAACAUGUGCCUCAGUCGACUCAAAUUUCUGAAAAUGAUCAGGAAAAAUCUGCCACUAUUCAGAAUGAAAGUGUUCCUAUUAGAACUAGUACUACCCAAAGCUCUGGAAAGACCUCCCCAACAAAAGUUAAAACAAUGCUUCAGGGUUUGCCACCAAAGACAAGGCCUUCUUUAAGUUCACUGUCAGAUUUAGUCUCGAGAGGUGUUCCAGAGGUCAGAGAGAAAAAUUUCAAGCUGCUUGCAUCGAAACAGCAGCAAAACCUGAGCAAAAUUCAAUCUGAAGAAGAGUCUUCUGAAAGUUCGGAUGCAAUUGAAAAUAGCAAUUCAAGUGACUCGAGCGAUUCUAGUGACAGCGAUUCUGAUAGCUCAGAUGAUGAUAAUGGAUACAUCAGCAUCAAGUCUGCCAGUCAAAAGUUAGGAAAGAAGAAAAAGGUUAGUGGUGGAUUCGCUUCCUUGAUUGAGGAUUCGAAGAGAAAAAGCUAA